AUGUUAUACGGUGAACAUGUUCCCGGAGUAAUUUUAGAAGAGGAUGAUCAUAAAGCAUCAACAUCUAGAAAAUUUGAUCGGAACAGAAUAAAUCAGAAAGCAGAAUUAACCAAACGUGAAACAGAUAUACGCACGAAACGUACGCCUCGUCAAACAGACUCAUCUACCCCGGAUGAUGUUGGUGGCUUUGUGAAUACUUCAUUUCAUUCUGAUGGUGAAGGAUCGGUAGCAUCGAACGAUUUUAAUCGUCCAACGUCUAUAUCAAGUCAACCGUUUUAUCCGAUUCGUCGAAAACAUCAAGAUAAAGAUAAUUUGAAUGGACUUCGCCCAUCGACAAGUUCAUCUAUUCACACGAGAACAGUAAAGGCUGCAAGAGGGCCCGUACAAGUGUUAUCUGAUGCUACAAUUACACAUAGUCAUGAUGAUGGUGAAAAAAAUGAUUCUGAUGAUGACACGGAAAUCACAGUUGUUAGACCGUGGACACCCAAGGCAAAUCAUUCUAAUGAAACAACAGCGGUAACAAAUGAUCGUUCAAAUGAAACAACAGCGGUAACAAAUGAUCAUUCAAAUGAUAAUGAUGAUGCAAGCGAUCCAUCAUUGUCACUUGUGUUGCGUACAUUAUUUGAAAUGAUUACAGAAGAUUUAGAUAAAUUUGUUUAUACGCCAGCACCAAAUGGUCUUGGUGACGUUCAAUGUCGUAUUACGCGUGAUAAGCGCGGAAUGGAAAAAGGCCUUUUUCCAAUCUAUUAUAUGCAUGUUGAAAGACCUGGUGAUGGUAAAAAGUUUUUUAUUCUUGCCGGACGUAAACGUCGACGUAGUACGACAUCCAAUUAUUUGAUAUCAACUGAUCCAACAGAUUUAUCUCGUGAUGGAGAAAAGUUUAUUGGAAAAUUACGAGCAAAUAUGUUAGGUACAUAUUUCACUGUAUUUGAUCAAGGUUCAAAUCCAAAGAAGAAUGUGUCUAUCGAACAGCAAAGACGAGAAUUGGCUGCUGUUGCUUAUGAAACGAAUAUAUUAGGAUUUAAAGGUCCACGUCGAAUGACAAUCAUUAUCCCUGGCAUGAGUAGUGAUCAUCAUCGAGUUGAAGUUCGACCGAAAAAUGAUUCAGAAAGUUUAAUUGAACGAUGGAAACAUAACGAUAUGAAUAAUCUACUUGAAUUACACAACAAAGCACCGAUUUGGAAUGAAGAAACUCAAUCAUAUGUACUUAAUUUUCAUGGACGUGUAACUCAAGCGUCAGUCAAAAAUUUUCAAGUCGUACAUGAUGAUGAUCAAGAAUAUGUAUGCAUGCAAUUCGGCCGAGUUAGUGAUGAUGUGUUCACAUGUGAUUUUAAAUAUCCACUAUGUGCUGUUCAAGCAUUUGGCAUCGCAUUAUCAUCGUUCGAUGGAAAAUUAGCUUGCGAAUGA